GAAAGAAAAACAUGAAUAAAUUCGAAGUCGAGUAAAGCAAGAAAAAAACGAAACGUUAAAACGGAAAAACGGGUGCGCAGUGUUCCACACCCACCCACGCAGAAGCAGAAGCGCGUGUAACCCUAAUUAGGGUUUGGAAGCCGAUUUGAGAUUCACCUUUCGCGUAAUCACAGCGCUGGAUCCGUACCGUGUUCCUCCGUCUACGGAAGCGCCUUUUGCUCGGUCCUUCGCUGAACACGGAAGCAUGUACGGUCCCCGAGGGGCAAUGUUGGGAAGCGGGGGGGUUUCAGACGGGUACGAGGUUGGCUCAAAGAGACAAAGAAUGAUGGAAUCCAAUCCAUACUUCGCAGUGAGCAGCGGAACAGGCAACUUACCUUAUGGAUAUGCUGGUGGCUUCCAGCCCCCUCCCUUUCCUGUGGUUCGUCUCAGGGGGCUUCCAUUCAACUGCACUGACAUUGACAUCUUGAAGUUCUUUGCUGGACUGACCAUUGUGGAUGUGUUGCUGGUCAACAAGAGUGGACGGUUCUCGGGUGAGGCCUUUGUAGUCUUUGCAGGAGCAAUGCAGGUUGAGUUUGCGUUGCAGAGAGAUCGCCAGAACAUGGGUCGCCGAUAUGUUGAAGUGUUCAGGUGUAAGAAGCAGGAUUAUUAUAAUGCUGUUGCUGGUGAGAUCAAUUACGAAGGAAUAUAUGAUAAUGACUACCAUGGUAGUAGCCCUCCACCCUCCCGGUUGAAGAGGUUCAAUGAUAAAGACCAAAUGGAGUACACUGAAAUAUUGAAGAUGCGCGGCCUUCCUUUCCAAGUGACAAAAUCUCAAAUUGUUGAAUUCUUUAAAGAUUUCAAGCUGAUAGAAGAUAGGGUACACAUUGCGUGUCGUCCUGAUGGGAAAGCUACUGGAGAGGCAUAUGUGGAGUUUGUUUCUGCUGAGGAGGCUAAGAGGGCAAUGUCCAAGGAUAAAAUGACCAUAGGAUCAAGGUAUGUGGAGCUGUUUCCUUCUACACCAGAUGAAGCUAGACGGGCAGAGUCAAGAUCAAGGCAGUAAUCGUGGUAUUUUACCUUGUUUUAGGUCUUUUACCUUGUUCCUUCUGGUGCUACUAUAAUGUUCUGAAUUUUAGAUUAUGUACUUUAUUUUUACUAGUUCGACUUGCUGUUAUAUUUGCAUGUCUGAACUGGAUGCAUUAAAUUAAUUAAUAGAAAGGGCCUUUGAAUAUAUGGUUCGGUGCAUGUGAGGAAGGAUCCUAUCAGUCAAGGCAGAGGCUUGUCUGGAUUUUGAUAGAUAAAAUUGUCACUGCCUUCAUUGGGUACCUUGAUAGUUGAUACCAAGUGGAGAUGAAAUACUGAGAUCCAACCCUUGACCAAUGUAGUCACUGCUUCGUGGAAAGUUGGGGAAAAGGUCAUGUCUCAUGACAAUAGUGUAGUCUAAUCCCUUUCUAUUUCGUCAUUAUUCAACUCCGUGGAAAGUUCGCUAACGAGGCAGCAGAACCUGCUUUAUUUGCUU